AUGGGCUGCUUGGUGAAGUGCGCUUUUAGCGACGUACGAACGUGCAUCGUGCCCGGGUAUCUCGUCGAACCGGGGGAUACCGCCGCUCGACCAGAGCGUGAGGCGGACACCCAAACCGACGACUUUCAGGAGAGGCCACAGACCCCAGACUUCGUACCCAAAAAGACGGGCGUGGAUGCUUGGACUCAAAUAGAGGUGUCUGACAAGCUGUUCGACUUCGAAGCGGAGGUCCAGCCCAUGUUGGCAGUCUUGGUUGGGAAGGUGCUGGAGCUCAAGCAGGCGGCGGUGGAGGCGGAGAAGAAGAAGGAGGAGCUACGCCGGCGGCAGAGGGAAGAGGCGAACCACCGACGCUUGGCGAAGGAGAAGGUGGCGUGCCUGCAGCUGGUGCGACAGGUGUUGCCGCUCUCGCUGGAUCGCGCGUUCGAGCAGCUGAGCGCGAAGUCGUGGCAGACGCAAAGCGUCCAACAGAUCAAAAAGGUAUUCUUGCCGUGGCUCUUCGGACGGGUCGCAGCCGACCUAGGUCAGCGUUCCUCCGUGCUCGACGCCCUGGGCAGCUUGCUCGAGUCCGUCGACGAAACGGCCGAGACUGCCAGGAUUCAACGGAUACAAGACAGGGACCGAGAGGCGGAGACCCGCAGGGAGGCUGCCCGCGAGGCGCGCGAACGGGUGAUCAGGCUGUUUGUACCUGGGGAGGUGGUCGGGGGAGAGGAAGGCGAACGGCUCGGCCCCGUCGCCGUAAAAGCGGGAGAGACGGUCAAGGCUGCGGAGGCCAAGGUGGCCAGCUGGCUCGCCAUAGAAAGAGAAACGGAGGAGCUUGAGAUUCCGCAGGGGGGUUUCCUAGGAGGUUACCUGCGAGAGGCGAGGAGGAAGGGGGGUGGUCGUCGGGUAGGGCAGGGGUCUAUGCUCCUUGACUUGCAGGCGAUGUUGGGCGCGCCGAGUGACGAAGUCGUCCUCCGAAGCAACUUCGAGGGGACGCAGUAG